GCAAAUUCAAACUCCAAACCACCACCGGUUCACACCGGAGCCACCAUGUCAAUCUCCGAUCACCGCCACCUUUUCAUCAUCACCUUCCUCCUUUUCUUAUCUUCUCGAUAUUCAUUAGCUCAAACCCGAAACCAAACGACGCCGUCUUCGACCUCCAACUUCCCAUGGAAUCCGUCCCAAAACAGAAUUCUGUUAUCUAACAACUCGGUUUUUGCAACCGGUUUCCUUCCAUCACUAAACUCAACAGACAGUUUCAUUUUCUCGAUAUAUUAUUUUAAUAUAUCCCCGAUUACUGUUAUAUGGUCGGUUAACCAGGAUUCCCCGGUUAACCGAUCCACGUCACUUAUAAUUACCCAAUCAGGGGAGCUCCGUCUAGGGAACCUCCAGUUCCCUGGAGCUCCCACAUCAUCCAACACCACAACACAACUGCUCCAGCUCAAUAACGACGGUAGUCUGUCGUUUGGGAGUUGGAGCAGUUUUCGGUACCCAACCAAUACAAUUGUUCCAAACCAAAACAUAAACGGAACUAUUCUGUCUGUAAAGGUCCCCACUGACAAAAUGUUCCGUUUUGUUGGGAAAGAAUUGAAAUUUAACGGAACAUACGACCAAGAAACAUCGUAUUAUACCAUUAAUAACGCGUUUUUAAAGCUAGAUGAUCAAGGGAAGGUUGAGCUAGAAAACGGCGCAUCGUUUAUCACCUCGGACUACGGUGAUAACGUCUUGCGACGACUAAAACUCGACGAUAAUGGGAAUUUAAGAAUUUAUUCUUAUGAUUCAAACUCGAGUCAAUGGAAUGUUGCUUGGCAAGCUGUAGCUGAGCUAUGUUUGAUAAGGGGGACUUGUGGCCCGAAUUUUAUAUGUAUGUAUGGCGAUAAUUAUGAUACUACAGUUUGUGAUUGCCCACCCGGAUUUCAACGAAUUUCGGGCCGUAGUGGUGAAGAAUGUCAAAGGAAAAUUCCGGUUGGAAAUAGUAACAAGUUUUUGCAGUUGGAUUAUGUGAAUUUUACUGGGCCUGCGGCUGAGACAAACUCGUGGCCCAUUACGGCCUCGAACUUUUCCUUGUGUGAAUCUACGUGCUCGAAUGACCCGGAUUGUCUUGGGUUCGGGUAUAAGUAUGAUGGUCAAAGAUAUUGUGUGCUUGUGAGCCGGUUAUAUUAUGGAUUUUGGUCUCCGGCGACAGAACAGACUUUUUUUCUUAAGGUUGAUAAGUCUGAGACCGAUCAGACGAAUUUUACGGGCUUGACGAGUAUUCUAGAGACGACUUGCCCGGUUCAAGUUAGCUUGCCUUUACCGCCAGAAGAGUCAAAGUCCACAACCCGAAAUAUUGCUAUUAUAUCGACUUUGUUUGCGGCCGAGUUGAUAAGUGGUGUGGCGUUCUUUUGGGCUUUUCUCAAGAAAUAUGUUAAGUAUCGAGAUAUGGCCCGAACAUUUGGGCUGGAGUUUUUGCCGGCGGGUGGGCCAAAGAGGUUUAGUUAUGCUGAGCUUAAAACGGCUACAAAUGAUUUUUCGAGCACGAAUGUUGUGGGGAAAGGUGGGUUUGGUGAUGUUUAUAAAGGGGUGUUGACCGAUCAUCGGAUUGUUGCGGUCAAAUGCUUGAAAAAUGUUACGGGUGGAGAUAACGAGUUUUGGGCCGAGGUCACGAUUAUUGCUAGAAUGCACCAUUUAAAUCUGGUGAGAUUGUGGGGUUUUUGUGCCGAGAAGGGUCAGAGAAUACUUGUUUAUGAGUAUGUGCCAAACGGGUCGCUGGAUAAGUUCCUGUUCCAUGCGGGUAAAGUUGACUACUCGAAUGGAGACGGAGAAGUAGAGGAUGACAAGUUGUUAGAUCGAAAGCCCAUACUCGAUUGGGGUAUUAGAUAUCGUAUAGCUCUUGGAGUGGCGAGGGCUAUUGCGUAUCUUCACGAGGAAUGUUUAGAAUGGGUGCUGCAUUGUGACAUCAAACCCGAGAACAUACUUAUUGGGGCCGAUUUUUGCCCCAAGAUAUCAGACUUUGGGUUGUCAAAACUAAGAAAGAAAGAAGACAUGGUUAGCUACUCAAGGAUGCGUGGGACUCGUGGAUACAUGGCACCCGAAUGGGUAAAGAGUGAUCAAAUCACACCAAAGGCGGAUGUUUACAGUUUUGGAAUGGUGUUGUUAGAGAUUGUGACCGGGGUGCGUAACUUUGACAUCCAAGGUUCAAAAAUGGAUAGUGAAGAUUGGUACUUCCCUAGAUGGGCAUUUGAUAAAGUUUACAAAGAAAUGAACAUUGAGGACAUUUUGGACAGCCAAAUCAAGAGAUCAUAUGAUAGUCGACUUCAUGAGGAAAUGAUCACAAGGAUGGUUAAGACCGCGAUAUGGUGUCUUCAAGACCGGCCUGAAAUGAGACCAUCGAUGGGGAAGGUGGCUAAAAUGCUUGAAGGUACAGUGGAGAUCAUUGAGCCCAAAAAGCCCACAAUAUUCUUUCUGGGUGACGAGUAGAUGAUUUUGUUUCAUGAAAAUAUAAUUUAUCAUAAUUUAAACAUGUCAUAGUAAAAAAAGAAGGUUUUGUUUUAGUUAUGUUGAAUUUGUUAACUUUUUUUAGCGGUCCUGUCGUUCAACAAUGACGGGCUGGCGGCCCGGGUGUAAGACUUGUAAAUGAAAAAUAAAUGUUGGUGCAA